AUGGCCUCCGAUGCCGCAAAUCACCCAAGUCCCGCCGGCUCCGUGGCUUCAUCGGUGACCCCUGGCUUGAAUUACAGUAAUAAGCGUAAUGCUCCGGACUACCCAAGCCCGGCUGGUACCGGGAAUGCCGACGCGCUCACUCCGGUCGGGGCCGGGGCCGGGACAUCGCCCGCUUCUCAACCACCCGGUGAUUCGAACAAGAAACGCCGUGUCGGUCCUGGCUCUAGGGGCGUCGCCAACCUGACGCCGGAGCAACUGGCCAAGAAGCGCGCCAACGACAGGGAAGCUCAGCGAGCCAUCCGCGAGCGCACAAAGAAACAGAUCGAGACUCUGGAGCGCCGUAUCCAGGAGCUGACCUCGCAGCAGCCCUAUCAGGACCUGCAGGCGGUCGAGAGAGCCAAAGAGGCCGUCGAGGCCGAGAACGCGGACCUGAAGCGCCGUCUGGCCGCCUUCAUCGCCUCCAUCCAGCCGCUCAUCUCUGCUUCUCCACCGAAUCAACCAGCGCCGCCCCCGCCGGCGCCGGCAGCAGACCCUCACCCUGCCGUCUUCCCGUCUCCCAGCGGCAGCUAUUCGCACUUCCACCAGCCCAACGGGCCCGUCUCAGCGCACAAUGCGUCGACGCCCAACAGCUCGGCCUCGCCCGCCUCCAUCGACCCGACUGCCGGGUGGCAUACGACGCCCAACGGUGGUGGUGGCGGCGUCGUCCCGGACCUGUCUCCCCCGAAUCACUUGUACGUCGCGAGCAAGAUGCUCGACCAGCAGCGGCAGGGCCUCCGCCACGGCCUCGACCUCGGCCCAGAGAGACUAGGCCUGGACUUCCUCCUGGACCAGAACGCACGCGUCAGCAAGAUCCAGAGCGGGGUCAACGGUGCCCAAGACACAGGGCAGUACAACCACGUCCCCAUGAAGCACGACUGGACCGGCGUCGGUCCCGUCCAACACAGCCGGAGCUCGUCGCUCAGCGGGCCGACCGUCCACACCCCGCGGUCACAAGCGGACUACCCCCAGCAGCAGCAGCAGCAGCAGCAACCUUCGUCCGUGCCCCCCGAGUCGAGAGCCCCGGGCCACUACACAGCCGAGGUCAGGAACUGUGGCCCGACCUGCCCCCUCGAUAGCCUCCUCCUCGACUUCCUCCACGAGCGUCGCCAACGCGCAGCCGAGGGCCUCCCACCCCACGAGAUCAUCGGCCCGCGCUACCCCUCCGUCCUCUCCCUCCUCAACCCAGCCAACAGCAAGUUCUCCCACCCGCUCUCCAAAGUCUUCACCGACAUCCUCGCCACCUUCCCGGACCUCUCGGCCCUGCCCCAGCGCGUCGCCGUCCUCUACAUCAUGUUCCUCAUCAUGCGCUGGCAAAUCUCCCCCACCGAGGAGAACUACGAACGCCUCCCCGACUGGGCCCGGCCUCUUCCCUCCCAGCUCUCUACCGAGCACCCGGCCUGGAUCGACCACGUCCCGUUCCCCGCCAUGCGUGACAAGCUGUGCCGCGAAUACAACCCGCGCGACUACCUCUUUGACAACUUUUUCGUGCCCUUCACCACCACGCUGAGCCUCAAUUGGCCGUACGAGGAGACGGAUACGCUGCUGCAGGUGCCGGACUCGGACGAGGUGCUCAUCAAUCCCGUCUUUGAGCGGCACCUGUCGAGGCUGGAGAACUGGACCCUCGGUCAGGCUUUCAACCAGACGUUUCCCAAGCUCAGGGACACGUAUAAUCUCAAGGGGUGA